AUGAUAAUACAUGGAGGUGUUGCUCAGGUAGCGUGGAUCGUGGAUCCCUGCAAGCGCCUCGCGUCGCCAAGAAGUGACGUUGAGGCCGCAGUCAACCUUCAACUUCAGCUCCUGAUUCUGAUUCUGCUGUCAGUGUGUAGCAUUGCGGUAUCCGCGGCUUGGUGGACCUUGGCAACCAACACCUAUCUGCAAUAG